CAGAGCACUUUACGAUUCUUGGAGAGUGGCACUGUCUGCCGAGGCGUAACGUUUUGAAAGCUCAGCACACACCGCAGAGAGCGGGGAUGAGUUAAGGGUCUACAAGGGAAAAAACAGACGGUUUUAAAAGUGGGAAACAAAACCAGUGAAAAGUUUUGUCCUCGAAAGAACCAGUGGAGUAGCUACACCGUGGCCAUUCAACUCCGAACUCCGAGGCUCUAUGGCAUAAAGCCCAUCCUCAGAUUCAGCUGGAGAUUGCUUCCGAGGAGCUCCUGACGCCAUUUUCCACAGUCUGAGGAGAACCAGGAAGUAGCCGGCAGGAGACAUGCCUGCCCUGGCCACCGGAACCGGCCAUGAGCCAGGUCUGUAUGAGCUGCUGGCGGCCCUGCCAUCCCAGCUGCAGCCUCAUGUCAACUGCUCUGAGGACAACACCUUCCUUCAGGAUAUGUUUGGAGAGAGAAGUCUCCACUCACUUGUUAAGAUCCACGAACGACUGCAGCACUAUGAAGAGAGCAAGCCCGCCCCCGUCCUGGAAGGAGCUGCACCUCUGGCACGUGACAACAACUACAUUAAUCUGUUCAAAGACAAGUGUGGAGCAUGUGAUUUUACAGGUGCUAUAGGCUUAAUUCAUGUAGGGGAUGAACUGAAGGAGGUCAAUGGAAUCCCUGUGGACGACAAGAAACCAGAGGAAAUCAUUCGUAUUCUAGCACAGUCACAAGGAGCCAUUACCUUUAAAGUUGUCCCUGCUGUAAAGGAAGAGGCAUCUAUCAAGGAGCCACAGAUGUUUGUGAAGGCGCUCUUUGACUACAACCCAAAAGAUGACAACACCAUCCCAUGUAAGGAAGCUGGUUUGCCCUUCAAGAAGGGUUGCAUCCUACAGAUCAUGAGCCAAGAUGAUGCAACCUGGUGGCAGGCCAAACACGAGGGCGACACAAAUCCUCGUGCUGGCUUAAUACCAUCCAAACAGUUCCAGGAGAGGAGACUUGCAUUUCAGCAACCUGUUACAACUCUUUCGUCCCUAAGGAGGUCUACUAGACGAUCAUCUGGGUUCAGGAGAAGCUUUCGCCUCAGCAGGAGAGACAGAAAGACCACCAAGUCCAUGUACGAGGCGAAGAAGAGUGAAAUGUACGACAUGGCUGACGUGCCCACGUACGAGGAAGUCGUCCCGUACCGCAGGCAAAGGGGAGACAAACACAGGCUGGUGGUGCUAGUAGGACCCACGGGUGUCGGCUUGAGUGAACUGAAGAAGAAACUGUUGAUCUCUGACCCCCAGCACUUCAGUGUGACCAUUCCACGACCCACGGGUGUCGGCUUGAGUGAACUGAAGAAGAAACUGUUGAUCUCUGACCCCCAGCACUUCAGUGUGACCAUUCCACAGCCCAGACAGUCUGAUUCAGACCCGUAUAGGAAACGUAUGGCACAGGUCCUGGCUCUCAUUGAGAGGAAGGAGAGUCGGAAAGUGUCUCGUCUCGCUCUUUUUGAAUAUUCUUUUCAGCUAAUAAAGCAUCUUCGAACAGCAGAGUUUAAACCUUUUGUUGUGUUCGUGAAGCCCCCGACCGUCGACAGACUGAGAGAGACCAGAAAGAAAACCCAAAUUAUAUCAGGCAAAGACGACAAGGACUCCACCAAACCCUUCACGGAGGAAGACUUUCAGGAGAUGGUGAACACGGCCCAGAUAAUGGAGACACAGUACAGCCAUCUCUUUGAGAUGGUUAUAGUCAACGACGACCUCGAUGUUGCCUUCAGCGAGCUGCAGUUGGCACUAAAGAAAGUGGAGACAGAGACACACUGGAUUCCAGUCAGCUGGACUCACUCCUGAGAGACAUACUGACUGUAAAAGGAGAAAAGGGAAGCGCUUUGACAAAAAUAUGCAGGUUUUCUAUCUUUAAAAAAAAAUAUUUGCCAGGGACGAUGUUGGGAAGUAAAUCAGGAAUAAAACAGUGCCUGGCUGCUGUGUCGCCAUACCUGAACUGCAUCGAGCUAAAAAUAAGCUUCUGCCUGGGAUCAGGUUGGAUUUAGACCUCAGCUGUGGUCUGGAAGCUCCAGGUCUGACCAGAUGUGAUCGGGUUGUGGCUGCAGGCUUCUUUCCAGAAUCUAAGACUUUGACAUUGAUCAGGGUCUCAGUCUGGGUCACACAUCCAUGGCCACAACUUGGAGCGCCUUGGUCCAAACCGGAACAUGGAGCGAGCUUGGAGCAUCGUAGCACCAGCAGUCCUGCCAGCACAUCAGUAAACCGGCCAAACAGGACUCCUCCUUUAGUGGUUUUAUAACAUUAGACGAUUAGAAACCAAAGGGAUUGAUGUAUUUCUUCUUCGUGGACAACUUACAUGUGUUUGUCUGUAAAAGAGCACAGCACCAGGGAAAAGAGGAGAAAGAAAAACAUACUUGCCUUCUGUCUUACUAGACUUUUGUACAUCUAAAAUCUUCCAUGACUGUUAUUCCAAGCGAAACACUGUCAGGUACACUCUUGAGAAAGGGCAAUAAGUGUAAUUUUAUUUAAAAGAAAUUAAUAUAUUUUCUAAUAUCUGCUUGUAGUCCUUUUUAUGCAUUUUAUAUACAUUUAUGACUUUAAUAUGAUCUUAGCUGUAGCCAUCUCUGUGACAGCCUCUUUUUACUAGAAGCAUUUUUUCCCCCAAACCAACAAUUUUUUUGUUCGUCACCCUAGUUUAGUUUUUUUGGCUCUGUCAGCUCUAUUUGGCUUUAUUCGGCUCUGUUAUCAGCACUGCUACAAUUCUCCUAGCUCCAGAUUUUCCUCUCUUUUUGAUUCUGGGAGAAGCUGACCUCCUUUAAAUUAAGGGGAGACUAUAAUUCCAGCUACAUUUUUAUUCACCAGAAUUCACACAAAAAAAAAAAAUCCAUAUUUUAUUUAUUUAUGCUUUGGGCUGGUUUUUUUUGUUUUUUUUUUUAAACUUCCUGCUCCUUAAAAGUAUACUUUCUUCUGAUUGGUUGUCCCUCACCUAGCCUCUGCAAACAGAAACUAGUGCUCGUACGCACUGCCUCCCAGAGAUGACCUCAAUAUUUUGCAUAUUUAGCAGUGUUUAAUAUCUGCUUAGUAUAUGACAAAAUACAAGCAAAUGGAUAAGUUGUCCUUUAUACAUGGAGGUAGAGCGCUAGGAUAGUUGGAGACUGGAGCUAGCCUAUGUCUGCUAGUCUUUCUGAACUUGUUCAUCCCUAUUAAUAACAGUUAGUUCAUAUUGAAUUCAUCUCUUAAUUUUUGUGCUUGCUCGACUGGUUGCCUCCAGUCUGUAGCUGCAUUUAAACUCUAUGUGCUAUCAGUCUUCCAGAGUCUCAGUAAAAAAAGCAUUAAGCAUAUUAUCCAACCUGUCUGAAUGAUUCCUUAAACUCUAAAUUUAUUCUUUUUUUCUUUACUCUAAGAAUACUCUUACACUGCUGAAUGUCCAGCUCAGGUUGUAUGUUUCCAAGUUGUGCAUCAUUUAUUUCGCCCUUUCCACCAACUGUGAUAUAUACAAACUAGAUUUGUGUCCUUUUUUUAAAUGUAAGCAUGAUUGGUUAUACUGCUCUGAUGUAAUAUGAUUUAAAUGUCUUUAACACUCUUGUCUGCCAAACUUUGUCCCAACAUUUUUUUUUGUCUUUUUGAUUUUUCAGUUUUUCUACCUCCCCACCCCCCUGCUGCCCAUCUUACAGAUCAAAGUCACAUUUGUACCGUCUCCAGAAAAUACCUUUUUAUGUCUCCCUGUAGUGAUAUACUCUUUAAGUGGCACAUUGUAUGAAUUUACAUUAUUCUUGAUAACUGCUGCAUUUUUUAUUAAAGAAAAUACGACUAAACUUGUAA